UACAGGAGUGAGCCAACGCGCCCAGCGGAAAUAGUGUUAUAUUUAAAAUGUUUCCACUUAGCAAAUUGUUUUCAACCCCGCCCCCGCGCGCGCGCGCACACACACACACACAAAGGAAAGAAAACGCGGUGCAGCCGGGCUUCUCCAAACUCGAUGACAGUAGAAGGGACUGAUUCCCAGAGAGCACCGGCCACGCGCCCAGGGCCGCCAGCUUGACGCGUCCGUGUCCGGGUGGCCCAAGACAAAGCCCUGCGUGCAGGGCCCCCUCGGACCGCCCCCUCCGCCCGCGUCCUCGGACCCCACGUCUCAUCCCGCAGAGCCGGUGCCAUCUGUGGGGGCUUUGGGCCGGGGGUCUCCCGACAGCAUGAGCGUGGGCUUCAUCGGCGCUGGCCAGCUGGCUUUUGCCCUGGUCAAGGGCUUCACAGCAGCAGGCAUCUUGGCUGCCCACAAGAUAAUGGCUAGCUCCCCAGACAUGGACCUGGCCACGGUUUCUGCCCUCAGGAAGAUGGGGGUGAAGCUGACACCCCACAACAAGGAGGCGGUGCAGCACAGUGAUGUGCUCUUCCUGGCUGUGAAGCCACACAUCAUCCCCUUCAUCCUGGAUGAGAUAGGCACCCACAUUGAGGACAGGCACAUCGUGGUGUCCUGUGCGGCCGGCGUCACCAUCGGCUCCAUAGAGAAGAAGCUGUCAGCGUUUCGACCAACCCCCAGGGUCAUCCGCUGCAUGACCAACAUCCCCGUCGUGGUGCGGGAGGGGGCCACCGUGUACGCCACAGGCACACAUGCCCAGGUGGAGGACGGGAGGCUCCUGGAGCAGCUGCUGAGCAGCGUGGGCUUCUGCACAGAGGUGGAAGAGGAUCUGAUCGAUGCCGUCACGGGGCUCAGUGGCAGCGGCCCCGCCUACGCAUUCACAGCCCUGGAUGCCCUGGCUGAUGGGGGUGUGAAGAUGGGACUUCCAAGGCGCCUGGCAGUCCGCCUCGGGGCCCAGGCCCUCCUGGGGGCUGCCAAGAUGCUGCUGCACUCAGAACAGCACCCAGGCCAGCUCAAGGACAACGUCAGCUCUCCUGGUGGGGCCACCAUCCAUGCCCUGCACGUGCUGGAGAGUGGGGGCUUCCGCUCUCUGCUCAUCAACGCUGUGGAGGCCUCCUGCAUCCGCACACGGGAGCUGCAGUCCAUGGCUGACCAGGAGCAGGUGUCACCAGCCGCCAUCAAGAAGACCAUCCUGGACAAGGUGAAGCUGGAAUCCCCUGCAGGGACCUCUCUGUCGCCUUCUGGCCACACCAAGCUGCUCCCCCGCAGCCUGGCGCCAGUGGGCAAGGAUUGACACGUCCUGCCUGACCACCACCCUGCCACCACCUUCUCUUCUCUCAUCACUAGGGGGACUAGGGGGUCCCCGAUAGUGGCCCACUGUCUGGCUCUGAUCAGCGCAGGGGCCAGCCAGGGACAUAGCCAGGGAAGGGCCACGUCACUUCCCACUGGAAAUCUCUGUGGUCUGCAAGUGUUUCCCAGCCCAGAACAGGGGUGGAUUCCCCAACCUCAACCUCCUUUCUCCUCUGCUCCCAAACCAUGUCAGGACCACCUUCCUCUAGCGCUCAGGAGCCCGGAGGGUCUUCACUCACUCUUAACUCCAGUGUCAGCUGGCAUGGGCUCCUUCCUGAGUGCAAAGGUCAAGGGCCCCCUCUGUGAAGGCUCAGCAGAGGUGGGAUCCCACAUCCCCUGCUGGCCCCUCCCUGCCCUCCAUUCAGGGAGAAACCUCUCCUUCCCGUGUGAGAAGGCCCGGAGGGUCCAGGCAUCGCGAGUCCAGCGUGAAGGGCCACAGCCCCUCUUGGCUGCCAAGCACCCAGAUCCCACAGACAUUUGGGGAAAGGGCUCCUUGGGUUGCUGGUGAACUUCCUGUGGCCACUGCCUCCUGCUCCUGACCUCCCUGGCGGGGCGCUAUCACUUCUGUCCUGGCCCUUCCAGUUUUAUAAAUUGGUUUCCAGCCCCUAGUGCCCUGACUUCUGUCUGCCAGAUGAGGAGGGAGGCCCUGCCUGUCAGGGAGGGUGGUUACUGUGGAUGGAAUAGUGGGGCCUUCAACUGAUUAGGCAAGGCCUGCCCACAUCUUGGAGGGUAUCUGCCUUACUGAUUAAAAUGUCAAUGUAAUCUAA